AUGAGGGUACAUAGACUUGCCAGAGCUGCCGCGUUGGCCGAGGCUCCGCUUGGCUCUCUGCGAGGGUGCGCAUCGAAACCAAGGUUUCUGUGCUUGAAUGCAUCGAGUCGCGGAUUGGUUGGCGGAGCUGGACGGGGCUUGGGGACACAGAGAUACUUUUCGCAAUCGAGGAUUGCAAGAGCAAGCGUUGCAGAAUCUGUAUUGAAACAAGCGGCUGCAGAUCCAUCCGCCCUGACCCAGGAGACAAUUAUAGACAACUUGGACGAGGUGGAAAGGGGAAGACUGGCGAGGCUGAGAAAUAUUGGUAUAGCAGCACAUAUCGACAGUGGUAAGACGACAGCCACGGAACGAGUACUCUUCUAUACUGGUCGAAUCAAUGCCAUCCACGAAGUCCGAGGAAAAGAUGCAGUCGGCGCAAAAAUGGAUUCCAUGGAGUUGGAAAGAGAGAAAGGAAUUACAAUUCAAUCAGCAGCUACAUUUUGCGACUGGGUGAAAGUCGAGAAUGGAAAGGAGGAGAAAUAUCACCUCAACUUGAUUGAUACGCCGGGCCACAUCGACUUCACAAUCGAGGUAGAGCGAGCUUUACGAGUCCUGGAUGGAGCAGUCAUGAUUCUGUGCGCCGUGAGCGGUGUCCAAAGUCAGACUAUUACAGUUGACAGACAAAUGCGAAGAUAUAACGUACCUCGGAUCAGUUUCGUGAACAAAAUGGACCGAAUGGGAGCGAAUCCGUUCAAGGCUGUGGAACAGAUCAACCAAAAGCUGCGAUUGACCGCCGCCGCUGUGCAGGUACCUAUCGGAUCAGAAGACAACUUCCAGGGCGUCGUAGAUCUGAUAAGAAUGAAAGCAAUCUACAAUGAGGGACCCAAGGGGGAGAUCAUCAGGGAAACUGACGAAAUUCCGGCAGAUGUCAAGAAGCUGGCGGAGGAGAAGAGGGCAGUCUUAAUCGAGACAUUGGCUGAUGUCGAUGACGAGAUUGCAGAAAUCUUCCUGGACGAGAGGACACCUACCCCUGAACAGAUUAAGGCGGCUAUUCGACGAGCAACCAUUGCUUUGAAAUUCACGCCGGUCUUGAUGGGAAGUGCAUUGGCUGACAAGUCCGUCCAGCCAAUGUUGGAUGCUGUCUGCGAUUACCUCCCAAACCCUUCAGAGGUUGAGAACUUGGCUCUCGAUAAGCGAAGAGACGAAGCUCCAGUCAAACUGGUCUCUUAUAACUCACUACCAUUUGUGGGUUUGGCUUUCAAGCUUGAGGAGAGUAAUUACGGGCAGUUGACCUACAUCCGAGUCUACCAGGGAACAUUGAAGAAGGGUAUGAAUGUCUUCAACGCAAGAACAGACAAGAGAGUUAAGGUUCCUCGAAUCGUGCGAAUGCACUCCAAUGAGAUGGAAGAAGUACCAGAAAUUGGUGCUGGAGAGAUCUGCGCUGUGUUCGGCGUUGACUGCGCAUCUGGUGAUACUUUCACUGAUGGAGGACUGCCAUAUUCGAUGUCCUCCAUGUUCGUUCCUGAUCCCGUCAUUUCAUUGUCUAUUAAGCCCAAAUCCACGAAGGACACAGCCAACUUCAGCAAAGCCAUGAAUCGCUUCCAGCGCGAAGAUCCUACUUUCAGAGUUCAUGUCGAUGCGGAAAGUCAAGAAACCAUCAUCUCAGGAAUGGGUGAAUUGCAUCUCGAUAUCUAUGUUGAGCGUAUGCGUCGAGAAUACAAAGUCGAGGUUGAGACGGGUCAACCACAGGUCGCCUACCGAGAGACCAUCACCCAACAUGUCAAAUUCGAUCAUACCCUCAAGAAGCAGACUGGAGGUGCUGGUGAUUAUGCUAGGGUUGUAGGGUACAUGGAACCGAUCGAGCCUGGACCGAACGGUUAUGGUCCAUCCAAAUUCGAGGAACAAGUUACUGGUGGUUCAAUCUCGGAGAAAUUCCUGUUUGCUUGCGAGAAAGGUUUCCUCGCUUCUUGUGAAAAGGGUCCGCUUAUUGGGCACCCUGUUUUGGGAACCACUAUGAUCAUCAACGAUGGUGCUACCCAUAUGACCGAUUCCUCGGAAAUGGCUUUCAAGAAUGCAACCCAACAGGCUUUCCGCAAAGCUUUCAAGGAAGCAAAACCUCAGGUCCUGGAGCCUAUGAUGAAGACAACUAUCACGGCACCAAAUGAGUUCCAAGGAAACAUCGUGGGGCUUUUGAAUAAGAGAAAUGCGAUUAUCAGCGACACUGAAAUCGGCCCGGAGGAUUUCACCUUGACUGCUGACUGCAGUUUGAAUGCAAUGUUUGGCUUUAGCUCCCAAUUGAGAGCUGCAACCCAGGGUAAGGGGGAGUUUGGUAUGGAGUUCAGUCAUUAUAGCCCGGCGCCAGGGCAGCUACAGAAAGAGCUCGUCGCGAAACACGAGAAGGCCCAAGCGGAUAGACAUAAGAAGUAG